AUGCAAUUCUCCGUCGUCGCUCUAUCUAUGCUUUCCGCUGUUGCCGUCAAGGCCGCUGACAACAUCUCUCAAAUUGGUGACGGUCAAAUCCAAGCUACUGCUCCAGCUUCCUCUGCUGCUUCAGCUUCUUCCGCUGCCCCAACCUCUUCUGCUGCCCCAGCUUCUUCUGCUGCUCCAGCUUCUUCUGUUUCUUCUGAAGCACCAAGAUCUACCGCUGGUGCUUCCAACAGCACUGCUGUCCUACCUCAAUCCGUCAACGGUGGUAACCAAUUGGCUGGUGGUGCUUACAUCGCUGGUUUGGUUGCAGCUGGUGCCUUGCUAAUCUAA